AUGGACGGACGAACGGAUAGACGGACUUCUGCCAUCGAGAUGAUCCUCGUGUCCGACCGGGAGGCAUCCAUCGCCCCCGGGACUCUGCACGGGGGGACAGGACCGGCUUUUGGUACAGCGCGAUUCGACCAAGUCAGUACAUUGGACGGAUCAGUUGAUUGGUCGGACGACUCAACUGGUAGGCUGUCAUGGCGACAGACGAGUCCCCGUUUGGCCGAAACGUGGCAGCCUUUAUCCCUCUCUCUUGCUCUAUCCCGCUCUCUCUCUCUCUCUCUCUCUCUCUUGUAUUCAACCUUCUUUCCUUCUAUCUAUCAAGCUAUCUAUCCACCUGCAUCACUCUCCGUUUGUCGGGUUGUACAGCAGCAGAUGUGUGUGUGUAGUUGCGGUGGUGGCGUGUGA